GGCGACAAUGGCGCUCCAGUGAUGAGGAAAUAUAAGGGGCGCAAUCUGUUAUCCGGUGUCCUGUCCGACAGGAGAGGUAUCGGGCGAGAAUACAGGAAAUAUAUGUUUGCGACACAUAUCCGUUCUAAUCUUGAUUUCAUUUGCUAUUACACCGGAGUAUGUGUAAGUGGCUAUGACGAGUAUUCGGACACCACCGUUUAUCCGUCUAAUCCGCCGGAUGUGGUUAUUAUUCCGAACGAUAACGUAAACAGAACUCUUGGCAACGGCAUGCAAUUUUUAUUGUUGUUUUGGCUAAUCUGUACCCGUUACCGCCAAAUUUUUGCCUCCUAA